GGAGACGAUUAGAAAUAUGUUUAAGUUAGGGGAACAAAUUUGGGGUUGAGUGCUGAUGUGUGACAAUGGUUGUGUUGCUUUAUGUACUGUAGCGGUGCUAGUAAUUUUUGGGGAAUUUUGGAUCCAUUUGAAAUUUAUUUUCAGAAUGUACCACUUUCAUAAUUUUCACCAACAAAGACUAUUUACACACUGGCAGAAUACUUACAAAGCCCAAACAAAAAGUCCUCAUCAAGCCUGUCUCCAAGUGUCCACAAAAUGAGAUCUGCAUACCCGACCCCAAGCUCCUUGCAACUGAUCCACAAACCUCAUCUUCAUUCACUCAACGCUCUCCCUCCCAAUUGCAGCCAUGGAGUGCGCACGACCCACUCGAUUACUAAAGUCUCAUACCAAAGUCAUCAAUUCUGCCGAUUCAUAUUUACACCACAUAAACCUUUCUGUGCAAUGAACACUUUAAAGCUAGGCAAAACUGCUCCUCGCGGUCUCAAAAACAUCUACAUGCCCACCAGAAGGGCCUUCUCGUACACCUCGACCUUGAGGGCCGUUGAGGAAGUCACAUCCGUCAACCAAUUCAAAGAUCUCAUUGCAGACGACAAGGUGGCCAUCGUUGACUUCUAUGCCACAUGGUGUGGGCCAUGCAAAGCCAUCGAGCCCGUCAUGGAGAAGUUGAGCGAAAGAGUCCCACAGGCCAGCUUCUUGAGGGUAGAUGUUGACCAACAGGCCGAAAUCGCCAAAGAAUAUGGCAUCACCGCCAUGCCCACCAUCAAGUUCUACAAGGACGGAGAGGUUGCAUCGACGGUUGUUGGUGCCAACUUGAAGGCCAUUAUCGAUUCAAUCAAAACCUAUACUGGCGUUGAUUUGAUGAAGAAGGAAGCAUAAGUAAGUCCAUAGAGUAUAGCCAAAUCACGUAUCAUUGACGUUAAACAGGAUUCAUAGCCUACCGGUCCCCGUCCCUUUUUCACCAGCCCGUCCUUCUCAAUUGUCUAUAAA